UUUUGAGUUAUAAUAAGAGUUUUGUCUUAGCAACACCCUUUAUUAGCACUAAAGCUGAAGAGUUGUUAAUUGAGUUUGGCGUCACCACAGCGCAGUGAGGGCACUGACGCCUAUGAAGCUUCUCUGCGCCAUAUUACCUAGUGGCGGCCGGCUAGCUGGGUGAGAGCAAUACACCCAUGGGUGAGAGGCCAGCAGCUGUUGUUGAUUCAACGGUCAAAGAUGUUUAGGAGCCCCCAGGUCCUGACUUGGUCUUGUCCCAUAAGGCCAUUGCAGCUAUUGAGAGAAUCCCACCUCUCUGCUUUCUCUGAGUACAAUGCUGCUGGAUGGCAGGGUGCAAAAGAUGUGAAGAGAAGGAAAUAUGAAGGGUUCUGUGGAAGUAAGGAUGGCUCAUCAUUGUCCACAGAGACUGUAUCCCGUUCAACAAAGUUGUCUUUAUUUAACUUGGACUGUGAUAAUCGGAAGCAGAGGGAGGCUUCAUUUCAAAACCUUCCACCCAAAGCCAUUUUGUCCAGCCAUCAUCACCUACCUCAGGUUUCUGCCUCUGCAAAAGCCAAACGGGGGUCUGACUCUUGGAAAUGCACUGUAGUGAAAGAUGUAGGUCGAAACCUCAAAGCUGUGAGCACUCUCCGGCACUGUUUAAUCAACACAACUUGCUUUCAACCUUGGAGAAGGUCUUGGGACGUUUGCCAACCUUCACUCAGUUUCACCUUUGCGCCUCAGUGUAACCUUCUUCAAAGCCAUGUAUAUUGCAGACAGCACUUUGUUAGACCUUUCAGCUCGUCGACACAUACGCCAUGGACUUUGAACCACUCUCACAGUAGACGACAAACCUCCAGCCUCUCUUCUCACAAAACCAGAGCAGUUCAUCAGGCUGCCCCUCACGUGGCAGACGCCUGGAGAGACUGUCUAUCCCUGAAGAAUGAAAACAGGUGUCGACUGAGCCUGGGGCCCAACUUGAAGCUUUACAAGGUGGACAAGGGGGAAAAAGGGGCAAGUCACAGCCAGGGAAAGAACCAGGGGAGAUGGGCGUCAGUCCUGGUUUCUCUGUGCUCCGUAGAGGGGGAGCCGGCAUUUCUCUUCACUUUGCGCUCCAGCACACUGAAGGGCAGGCACAAGGGUGACGUCAGCUUUGCAGGAGGAAAGAGUGAUCCAUCAGAUAGAGAUUUGGUGGCCACCGCUUUAAGGGAAGCCAGGGAGGAGCUGGGCGUUUCUGUGGCAACCGAGAAGGUCUGGGGCAUCUUGAAGCCUCUCAGGGACAGGUCAGGGAUGAUGAUAGCGCCUGUGCUGGCUAACCUCGGCCCCCUCGAGGAGUUGUCCUUCAAACCAAACCCUGGAGAGGUUGAGGAGAUUUUCACCUUGUCCUUGUCCCACUUAUGCAACCCUCAGAACCGUGGCUACACACACUUCCGCACUGGCGACAAGUACGGAUACACUCUCCCAGUGUUUCGUAACGGGAAGCAUCGAGUGUGGGGCCUGACUGCCGUCGCUCUAGACCAUACUCUGAAACUCAUUGUCCCUCUAUAGCAGCUCAAUUACCAUUUGAUUACAGUACACUUACAAUACUGAAGCACACCUUUAAUGUGACUCAAAGAUUUGACUAUGACAAAUGUGCAAGCAAGCUUUGUGUAGCAAAUUCAUGUCAGGAAUCAGUGUGUAUACAAAAUAUUUUUAUUCAUAAAGGUAAAUUCCUUUUCAAUCAGAAGGAUUUUUCCAAUUGUGCACUUUCUGAGCCUUGGGUGUCUAAGAAUCUCGAUUGAAUGGAUCAUGUGUAUAAACAUGGUGGCCAGCUGUGAUUAUGUCCCUGAUUAAAGGGCAGGUGUUGUGUGAAGUCUGGAUGGAUGUUUUAAGACAGACUGUAGCAAAACGGUGCACACCGUUUUGAGAUUGAACGUGGCUUGAGAGAGGAAGUUAUGACGUCAUACGCGACCUUUGGGUGUGUAGUCUUUAACGUAUUUCACGACAAACUGGCUUUAUUGACUUGCAAAAUUAUCUUAUACAUUAACAAACCUCAUAUGUGUAAUUCAUGGCACAAUUCAAGCGGUGGUCCACCAGAAGGGGAGGGACUUUGCAUCUAUGACAGAUCGUGGCUUCCAGUGUGAUUCAGCUCAUGGCCACUUUUGAUCUCACAGUAAAACAAAUCUGGACAGCUAUAAACACUGAAAUGAUACAAGCACAUCAUGAUGUGUGUUGAUGCAAUAAAGGUUGUUUUAAAGGUA